GUAACAGGUUGCAUGGUCUAGUUCACCAUUGUGUCACACAGAAACCAAUCAGAUAAGUAGGAAUUUUUCUUUCCUCAUACUUUGGUUGAACCAGAUGAGUGUGUUUCUAUUAACUGCACAGGGCAGGGCAGAACUGCAUGGAUAAAAAAACAGAACUCCUCCUUUUUCACACAAAUGUCAGGAAGAAGUGACGAGACGUCCACACCUAAACCUGCUCGUGGUAAUGUAUUUGUACAUUUGUGACGAAAAUACGGAAGAUAAUUCAGUUAAUCCGACGUUAAGUUACGUAACAGGGAAUUCUUGAGUGUUUGUAGAAAGCGUUUGGAACUAAAAGUGCUGAGCCUGAGGACAGGCUGAACAAACACGAGCAAGUAAGUCAGCUGUCUGACAGCCGAACAAGGAAUCAACAGAAUGGCCUCCAGUGCAUCACAGUCUGAGGUGGACUGUACCUGCCCUGUGUGCUGUGAUAUAUUCACGGAUCCUGUGCUCUUGUUGUGCGGGCACAGCUUCUGUAAGGACUGUCUUCAGCAGUGGUGGAGACAGAGUAGACUACAGACAUGCCCUGUUUGUAAGGAAAUAUUUCCGAUGGCUCAGCCUCCACGUAAUCUGGCGCUGAGAAACCUGUCUGACACCUUGAGACGAAAGAGGAGUCAGAGAGCGAACUCAGGAUCUGAGGAGAUGUGCAGUCUGCACGGUGAGAGGCUGAGGCUCUUCUGUCAGGAUGAUCAACAGCUCAUCUGUGUGAUUUGUCGAGAUUCACAAAACCAUAAGAAACACAACUGCUUCCCCAUCAAUGAAGCAGCAGAAGCCUACAGGGCUGAACUCAAGCUUAAGACACUGCAUUUAAAAACCAAACUGGGAUCGUUUCAAGCACACAAACUCAACUAUGACAAAAUGGCCAGCCACAUCAAGCUCCAGGCUCAGCAGACUGAGAAGACGAUCAAAGAGGAGUUUCUGAAGCUUUACCAGUUCCUGCGAGCAGAGGAGGCUGCCAGGAUUGAUGCAGUGAGGAAAGAGGCGACGCUCAAGAGUGAAGCGAUGAACAUCGAGAUUGUUAAUCUGACUGCAGAGAUCUCCUCGCUUGAAGACAGAAUCAGAACCAUAGAGAGGGAGAUGAUGGCUGAGGACAUCUCAUUUAUGCUGAAUGUCAGAUCCACAAUGAAGCGAUCCCAGUACAACCUGCCAGACCCAGAGACUCCAUCAGGAGCCCUGAUGGACGAGGCCAAACACCUGGGGAACCUGCUGUUCACAGUCUGGAGGAAGAUGAAGGACAUAAUCCAAUACACUCCUGUAACUCUGGACCCCAACACUGGCGGCUCUAUAUUAACUAUAUCAGAGCACAUGACCCGUUUGACAGGGAGCAACAAGAGUCAUCCGCUUCCUAAAAACCCAGAGAGGCUGCAGAACUCAGACGUUCUCGGCUCUGAAGGCUUUAGCUCUGGAAAACACAGCUGGGAUGUGGAGGUGAGGGAUUGGUGGGCUGUUGGUGUCGUUGCUAGAACCAAGAAUCCAAAAGGGUUCUGGGGCAUCGGUACACACGGUGUCGACGUUCUGUUAGAACAUAUUCAAGAGGGUAAUGUCGGAAUUGAUUUAGAGGGUUCAAUGCCCCAAAAGAUCAGAGUGCAUCUAGAUUAUGACCAAGGGAUUCUAUCAUUUUUUGACCUUGAUAGGAAAAGACCUGUACACACCAUCAAAUACACUUUCACAGAAACAGUCUCUCCUUAUUUUCAUGGGAAUGUGAAAAUCCUCCCAGCUGUAGUGUCAGUGAAGAUAAGACAGUAGGUGUAUAAUGUUUUCAGUGGCUGUGGAAGAGAUUUUUUAAGUUUCUAAAAAAUAACCCUGAUGUCACUGGGUUUACCUCAGCUUGGAAUUUCAAUUUUUCAUUUUUGACAGCCUGCAUUAUGGGAAAUGUAGGAUCCACUGCAGGGUUUUAGAGGGAAGACUAAAUAUAUGAAUCUGUUAAAUGUUUGAGUUUUUGAAAUCAUGUCAUUUUAUGAUGCACUCUGAACUACUACUUUAAUCAUGUAAAUAUUUGUGAUCAGACAUUAAAAUAAUAAAGACAGUUUUGCUGUUUGUGAACUGAGGGUCUAAAGACAGACAGUGUACAAACUGAAACAGAAAUCAGUCAGAUAAGAAGGAUUAUUUCUCUCCAUCUCUCUGUAUGGAAUUAUGACACUAAAUCAUUGUAGAGUCAGUUUAUUAUAAUUCACUGAAUGCUGUAAGUAGAUUGUAGAGCUGAAUAUAUGAAUUUGUUGAAAGUUUGAGUUUUUGAAAUCAAUUCUAGUUUAAUUUUAUGAUGAACUCUGAAUGCAUCCAGUGUUAUGAUUAAAUUUCAUAUAUCAGCUGUUUUUAAUGCUGAUAUAUGAAACAGACUGUUAGAGUUUUAUCAUGUAAAUAUUUUGAGAUUAGACUCAUUAAAAUAAU